AUAAAAAAUGAAUUUAAAAUUUUUUAAAUUUGAAACAAAAUAAAAUAGAAAUGUAUCGAGUAAUGACUGUAGUCUGGAAAUAUAGGAAUUGUGAAAGGUCUUUACGUAUUAAAGAGUCUUUUCUAAUUAGUAGAAAGUACAGUCAGCAAGAAACAAUUAAUUUUGCAGAAAUACCUCCUGAGCGUAUAAGAAAUUUCAGUAUUAUAGCUCAUGUUGAUCAUGGGAAAAGUACUUUAGCUGAUCGUCUAUUGGAGUAUACCGGCGCUGUUAAAAAAGGUCAAAAUCAAGUACUUGAUAAAUUACAAGUGGAGCGAGAAAGAGGCAUAACAGUAAAGGCACAAAGUGCUUCCUUGUUUUUCAAUUCCAAAGAAAAAGAUUACUUAUUGAACUUGAUCGAUACACCUGGUCAUGUAGACUUUUCUAACGAGGUAUCUAGGAGCCUUUCUUCUUGCCAGGGUGUGAUAUUAUUAGUUGAUGCCAAUGAUGGUGUGCAGGCUCAGACUGUAGCGAACUUUUAUUUGGCAUUUGGAAGCGAUUUAGUGAUAAUACCAGUUAUCAACAAGAUAGAUUUGAAAAAUGCAGAUCCAGAGAGAGUUUGUAAUCAGCUAAAGUUCUUAUUUGACAUUGAGCCAGACAGUGUGUUAAAAAUAUCGGCCAAGUUGGGUAUUGGUAUCGAGGCAGUUUUGAAUGCAAUUGUCGAUAGGAUACCUAGUCCACCGGUAGAUAGAAAUGCUAAAUUUAGAGCCCUUUUGUUUGAUAGCUCAUACGACAAAUACAGAGGGGCUCUUUCUUUAAUAUACAUCAAAGAUGGAUCUAUUUCUGUAGGAGAUAUGAUCUCUACAUACCACGUAAAAAAGGAUUAUGAAGUGAAAUCGUUGUCUGUGUUAAGACCACAUGAAGUAUCUGUAAAUAAAUUAGUGGCUGGACAGGUAGGCCUUGUAGGAUGUAAUAUGAGAUCGAGCAAAGAGGCUUAUAUUGGCGACACUCUAUAUCUUAAAGGUACAAGUGUGGAACCUUUGCAAGGUUUCCACCCUUCUCAACCGAUGGUAUUUGCUGGAGUAUACCCAAUGGAUCAGUCCCAACAUGUAAAUCUAAGAAGUGCUAUUGAAAAGUUAGUUCUUAACGACUCGUCCGUGAAGGUCGAUAUUGAUACAAGCCCCGCACUCGGUCAAGGUUGGAGAUUAGGCUUCUUGGGCCUGUUACAUUUAGAAGUGUUCUCUCAAAGAUUGCAGCAGGAGUACGGGGCAGAAUCUGUAAUUACUGCACCAUCCGUCACGUAUAAAAUCAUUCUUAAACCUACCAAGCAAAACGUGAAAGAUGGGUCAAAUAUUGUUUUUAUAAAUAAUCCAGCACAUUUUCCUGAUCCUGUGAAGGUUGAGGAGUACUACGAGCCAAUGGUCUUGGGUACGAUUAUUACUCCCGAUGAUUACUUGGGGCCCAUAAUAUCCUUAUGCAUGGACCGUAGAGGCGUGCAAAAAAACGCUACGAAUAUAGACAACGAAAGGGUUAUGUUACAAUACGAACUCCCGUUGUGCGAAAUUAUUGUAGAUUUCCACGACACCUUAAAAACGAUAAGUUCAGGCUACGCCAGCUUUGAUUACGAAGAUAACGGGUACCAGCAAAGUAAUCUAGUUAAGUUGAGUAUUUUGUUAAAUGGUACUGCGGUAGACGAGCUGAGUAGUAUUGUUCAUGUAACAAAGGCACAAACAAUUGGAAAAAAGAUGGUUUCCAAAUUGAAAGAUAUAAUUCCUAGGCAAAUGGUACAAAUUGCCGUUCAAGCCGCUAUGGGUGGGAAAAUUCUAGCCCGAGAGACCAUUAAGGCGUAUAGGAAAGACGUAACUGCUAAAUUGUAUGGCGGUGACGUUACAAGGAGAAUGAAACUUUUGGCACAGCAAGCUGCCGGAAAAAAGAAAAUGAGGAUGGUUGCAAAUAUUUCAGUGCCGAGAGAAACGUUCAUAGAUGUUUUAAAAAAGUAGUUUGCUAAGAAUAAAUUAAUUACUUUUUA